GCAUCCAUAUCUACACAUUCCUCAAUACCCAAAAACCCAUUAAUUUUUUCUUAUAAUUCAGACGUCCGGCGAGCUUACGCGCUAAAAAACCCAUCAAUUUUGCAAUCCCAAUUAAUUUCCAAAUCCCAAAACCAAUGGCGUCAACAUCAGCAAUUUCGCUACCCUUGCUUCCUUGCUCCAGAACCAGACCCCACCGGAAAACAAAUUACAGGGCAUUAUCGACGACCGUAUCGGCGUCGCUGCGGAACGAGAACUACGGGAGAUCAGUGGUGGACGAGAACCUGAUCGUGCUGCGGAAGAGGAUCCACGAGAUGAAGCAGGCGGAGAGCAGCUACGAGCCCCCGGCCCACUGGAUGGAGUGGGAGAAGAAAUGCUACGCCGGGAAAGACGAGUUCGUCUGCGAGCUGAUGGGGUUGUUGCAGACCUGGAUGAUGGACGCGAGGCCGUGUCUGGUUCUGGGUGCGAUCUUGGUGGUUGCUCUGAGCGUGCCCGCGGUGGGGGCGGUGGCUUGGUUUCAAAUGCUGGCUGUGAUUAAGGGAGUCUUUACACGGUUCCCGUAAUUAAUUAAUUAAUUUGAUUAGAUGUUUUAAUAGAGUUUAAUUCUUUGAUUUGUCUGAUCCAGUCAAAGAAAUGUAUAUAUAUGAAUCGCAAUGAUUUUGCGUAACUUGCUCUUUGGAUAAUGGUUUCUUUUCUUGUAAAGAUCUUUCCCUAGUAGGCUAGUACCAAAACCAUAUGUCACACGUAGCGAAUAAAUUUGAGGUACAUGUAAAUUAGCUAUGAUACCUUGCAUUUCAGAGGGAGAGAGAGAGUGCACGCCAUGUCACUGGCUACGUGUUGAUGUGUCUUUAACUCUAUUUUUUUUCUCAGCAAGUCUACACACCAGGAAACCAGCCCAUGCCCCAACCCUGGAUAGCCCAAAACGACGUCGUUUUGGGCGUCCCUAAAAAAAAAAAAAAAUUACUGAAAUUUUGAAUCGGCCUUUCUACCAUCGCGCGAAAACAGAACAGGGAGAUAUCAGAGGAGGAGGAGGAGCCCGACCACCAACCUCACCUCCACCACUUUCGUCCACCAACCUCACCACCACCACCGAUGGCCUACUCCGACGACCAUGAGCACUACCAGCGAUCGACCUGUUGCGAAAACCGACGCACCCGUGACGUCAAAUCCACCGCCAAGGUUUCCAUUGCCAUCACCAACAUCUUUGAUGUCGCCGGAGUCUGUUCCGUCGACAAUGCCUCCUCGAUCGUCAAAUCAAGAUGAGAUAGAUACUAAUGAGGCGAAGGUAUGGAGUGGACACAAUGAAAAUGACGAAGAGGUAUUGAGUGGUUCUUUAGAAAAAGAGAGUGAUGAGAUAGGUACUAAUGUGAAUGGAAAUGAGUCAACCGAAAAUUUUGAAGUUACAGUUGAGCAACUGAAGGUGGUAAUGAUGUUCGACACACCAGAUGAAGCUUAUCUAUAUUACUCAAGAUAUGCUAAAGAAAAUGGGUUUGGUGUGGCAAAAAAAUGUCACAAAAAGGGAAGAGAUGGAACCUUGAGGCAUGUAACUUUUGAAUGUAGUCGAGGUGGAAAGGCGAGGGUGAGAACAACCAAUCCGGUCAAACCAAGGCCACAAACAAAAACUGAUUGUCCAGCUCGCCUUAAUUUUGCUUUGUACCCGAAUGGAAAGUGGAGGUUAAAUCGGGUUGCCUUGGAGCACAAUCAUGAUCAUAGCCCGGGAGAGGACAAUCAAGUUUUUGGGGAGAUCAACGUCAACGUUGGGAAGGAGCACCAUCAAGUUUUAUGAAAAGUCAAGGGCAAGGGUGGGGAGGAGCACAAUAAAGUAUUUCAAAAAUGUUGAAUACAAAUGAUAACGGCGAAUAGUAGAAAACUUGCUUAUUGGUAUAGAGAGUUUCUUGUAUUUUGUUAGAAACUAAUUUUCAUUCAUGUUUUGUGGUGAAGUGAAAAUUAUGUGGUGUUUCUAUCAUUUUGUUUAAUGAAAAAGGUGUCACAUUCAAUGUUGGUAA